AUGGCUACUAAUAUCACAUGGCAUCCAAAUUUAACCUACGAUGAACGUAAGGAAUUAACUAAACAAUCCGGUGUCACAAUCUGGUUGACAGGUUUAAGUGCUUCUGGUAAAUCAACAAUUGCUUGUGCUUUAGAACAAUAUUUAUUACAACAUGGUGUUUCUGCUUAUAGAUUAGAUGGUGAUAAUAUUCGUUUCGGUUUAAACAAAGAUCUUGGAUUUAGUGAAGCUGAUCGUAAUGAAAAUAUUCGUCGUAUUUCUGAAGUUUCAAAAUUAUUUGCUGAUUCAACAACUGUUGCUAUAACAUCUUUCAUUUCUCCUUAUAAAGUUGAUAGAAACAAUGCAAGAAAAUUACAUGAUGAUAGUGGUUUACCAUUUGUUGAAGUUUUCGUUGAUGUUCCAUUAGAAGUUGCUGAAGAAAGAGAUCCAAAAGGUUUAUACAAAAAAGCUAGACAAGGUAUUAUUAAAGAUUUCACUGGUAUAUCAGCUCCUUAUGAAGCUCCAGAAGCUCCAGAAAUUCAUUUACACACAGAGAAAACUUCUGUUGAAGAAUCUGCAAAGAUUAUUGUUGAUUACCUUGUAUCUAAAAACUACAUUUCUAUUGAUUAG